UUUCCUGUGCUGUUCACCGUUUUCCAAUCCCACGUUAUUACCCUUACCUCUUGGUCUUCCUCUCCAUGCACUGUGCGGUUGAGAAUGCUGCGAACGGUUCUCGCUCGCUCAUGGCGCUCCCCUCGGCUAUUACGUAGCUCGAGGGGCAUUCUGACCCAAGCUUGUUGUACGGGACCUUCCACGCCCUCGCUACUUGAACAAACGGUGCCGCAACAUUUUGCAGGUAUUGUGAGCAAUCAUGGGGAUCGUGACGCUGUGAUAUCGCACCAUCAAAACACGGUGCUUACGUAUAGCGAUCUCGACCGUGACUCCAAUGCAGUCGCCAGAGGUCUCAUCAAUCUGGGAGUUCGAAAGGGUGACAGGGUUGCCGUCAGCUUGGGGAACAACGUGGAAUACGCUACCGCAACAUAUGCACUAUUCAAGUUAGGUGCUAUACUGGUUCCGUUGAAUCCCGCCUUCAAUGCACCGCAGGUCCUCAGCGCUCUCAAUCACCUUGAAGCUUCACAUCUCCUCAUUGGCGCAGAAACGAACAUUCCAUACAAACCCCCCCGCUCAAAUCUUCCCCUAUUGGAAUCUCUUAUGCCCAACCUCCGGGGGAACUCAUUGCAGUCUGAGCUUGUUCCAAGUUUGCGGGCGGUCGCGAUUGUAGACAACUCACACGGACGCGUAGAUCUCGCAGAAUACAAGAGCCUGAGUCGGUAUGAAAACAUAUUGGAAGAUGGAGGCAGUGGCAAAGCUUUAGAGGGAAUCAACCUUCAUCCUGACGAAGUAGUCAACAUUCAAUUCACAAGUGGGACGACGAGUAUGCCAAAGGCAGCCUGCUUAAGCCAUAAAAGCAUCUUGAAUAACGGUAAAAGUAUCGGAGAUAGAAUGUUGCUCACGGAAGAGGAUCGAGUUUGCUGUCCCCCACCGCUAUUUCACUGCUUCGGAUGCAUCCUAGGCUACAUGGCGACAGCAACCCAUGGAUCUGCGAUUGUGUUUCCUUCCGAAGCCUUCAAUCCACUGCAUACUCUCCAAGCUGUUCGCGAGCACAAAUGCACCGCUCUUUACGGCGUACCCACCAUGUUCGUGGCUGAACUCGAACUGCUGUCCAACGGCACUGUCCCUUACGACGGGUUUCAGUACCUGCGUACUGGUAUCGCAGCAGGGUCAUCCAUCCCCGCUGAAUUGAUGCGGAAAUUGCACAAGACACUGAAUCUCACAGAAUUGACAAUAUGCUACGGCAUGACAGAGACCAGUCCUGUAUCGGCAAUGACUACGACGGAUGACCCAAUGGAUAAGCGCAUCGACAGCGUGGGACGCCUACUCCCCAACGUGAGCGCCAAAGUCGUGGAUCCCGUUGAUCGAUCGCGGAUCCUGAAGCCCGGGGAGAGGGGUGAGCUCGCUGUAUCCGGCUACUUGGUGAUGAAAGGGUACUGGAACGAUGUCGCGCGCACCUCUGAAGUGCUUGUCCCUGACGAUGACGGCGUGAUGUGGAUGCACACUGGCGACGAGGCGACCAUGGACGCAGAUGGCUACGUCAAAAUCACGGGGCGGAUCAAGGAUCUUAUUAUUCGAGGCGGUGAGAACAUCCAUCCCUUGGAAGUGGAAAACUGUCUGUUCGCGCACGACAAGAUCAAGGAAGUCAGCGUGGUAGGGCUCCCCGACGAACGUUAUGGCGAGUGCGUCGCAGCGUUUGUGGUGCCGCAUCAGGUUAAAAAACCGACGGCCACCGAGGUUCGAAGCUGGGUAAAGGAGAAACUAAGUCAUCAUCUCGUCCCAAAAUAUGUGUUCUGGGUGGAUACGUAUCCCAAGACGGCGAGCGGCAAGAUCCAGAAGUUCAAGCUGAAGGAGAAGGGGAUACAGCUUGUGGGCGAAGGCAAGGGCCUUGAAUGA